ACCUACGAGCAAGACAGCACAUAAAAGCAUGGGAUUCUAUUCUUCGUCGCGUGUCCCUGCAUCUUUGGUGUCGGUGCUACUGCUUUGCUUCUGCGUGCAGUUAUUGGGUGUCCAUGGAGGAUCUCGCAGGCUAUAUAUUGUGUACCUAGGCGAUGUGAAACAUGAACACCCCAACGAUGUCAUCGCUUCUCACCAUGAUCUUCUCAGCGAUGUUCUCGGAAGCAAGGAAGAUUCUGUGGCCUCCAUGGUUCACAACUACAAGCAUGGAUUCUCAGGCUUCGCAGCAAUGCUCACUGAAGGCCAAGCAAAACAGCUGGCAGAGUCUCCAGAAGUCAUCAGUGUCGAACCAAGCUGAAGCUACACGGCGACAACCACACGAAGCUGGGACUUCCUUGGUCUGGGCUCCCAAAUGCCCGGCGACCUGCUCCGUGAAGGCAGACAUGGAGAGGACAUAAUCAUCGGCGUCGUCGACAGUGGUAUCUGGCCGGAGUCGAGGAGCUUCAGCGAUCAAGGGUACGGGCCGGUGCCGUCCCGAUGGAGAGGCGUGUGCCAAGUCGGUCAGGGCUGGGACCUCAACAACUGCAGCCGCAAGAUCAUCGGCGCACGGUUCUACAGCGCCGGACUGGGCGAGGCGGACAUCAACAAGGACGAGUACCUCUCACCCCGGGACGGCAUGAGCGGCCACGGCACGCACACGGCCUCCACCGCAGCAGGCUCUGCCGUGGAAGGGGUCAGCUUCCAAGGCCUCGCCGCGGGCGUCGCGCGAGGCGGCGCGCCCCACGCCCGCAUCGCCGUCUACAAAGCCCUCUGGGCGAGGCCCGACGGCACAACAAGAACUGGCAGCGACGCCGAUGUGCUCGCGGCCAUCGACGACGCCAUCCACGACGGCGUGGACGUGCUCUCGCUGUCCCUGGGCGCCCUCGGCAACGCAGACUCGUUCGGCACCCUGCACGCGGUUCAGAAGGGGAUCGCCGUCGUGUACGCGGCCGGGAACGACGGGCCAAGACCGCAGACCGUUGUGAAUACGGCCCCGUGGGUCAUCACCGUAGCCGCGAGUACGAUUGACCGCUCGUUUCCAACCGUGAUCACGCUGGGAAACAAGCAACAGAUAGCGGGACAAUCUCUCUACUACCAAGACAAGAACUCAGCCGGGAGCAGUUUCAGAAACCUUACCACUGGAGCUGGAGGCCUCAGCUGCACGGAGGAAGCUCUGAAUGGCACGGAUUUGAAAGGAAAAACUGUCAUGUGCUUUCCAGUAAAUCGAAAACUAGCGCUAACCCCGCUUUGGGAAUUCCAAAGCGCGCUGCAAAACGUCCGGAAGGCCGGGGGCUCUGGUCUUGUUUUCGCUCAGCAUACGACGAGCAUUCUAGAGGGCACCGGUAGUUGCGGAGGCAUUGCCUGUGUCCUCGUGGACCUUGACACCGGCUACCAGAUUCUAGUAUACAUGGGAUCCGCGAGCUCUCCUGUGGCAAAGAUUGAACCAGCGCGUAGCUUUACGAGUAAAGAGCUAUUGGCUCCCAAAGUGGCAGCAUUCUCCUCCAGAGGUCCAUCAAUCUACAACGCUGAUGUUAUUAAGCCUGACAUAGCAGCACCUGGAGUCGGCAUCUUAGCAGCAAUGCGAGACUCCUAUAAGUUUGCGUCGGGGACAUCAAUGUCUGCUCCGCACGUAGCUGGCAUCAUCGCCUUGCUGAAAGUUCUACAUCCACAAUGGUCUCCUGCUGCACUGAAAUCUGCCAUCAUCACCACAGCAUCUGUAACUGAUGAACAUGGCAUGCCAAUACUGGCUGAUGGGUUGCCUCGAAAGAUUGCGGACCCAUUUGACUUUGGAGGUGGGCACAUCAACCCUAACAGAGCAGCAGAUCCUGGACUGAUCUAUGACAUCAAUCCAAACGAUUACAACAACGUAUUUAAUUGCAUCAUCAAAAGAUCCGGAAGUUGUAAUACAACAGUGGUGCCAGGGCAUCUCUUGAACCUGCCAUCCAUCUCGGUUCCAGAUCUGAGGUACCCAGUCACUGUAUCAAGAACUGUCACAAAUGUCGACGAGGUCGAUGUGGUUUACCACGUUGCAACUGAGAGCCCAGCUGGAGUCGAGAUGGAAGUUGAGCCGUCUGUUCUUGUGUUUAAUGCUGCGAUGUGGAUGUUACAAGGGGACUACAUGUUUGGCAACCUGACUUGGUAUAAUGACCAGAGGACCGUGUGGAUUCCGGUUGCUGCUCGGAUCACAAUUCAUGAUUUCUUCGCAGAUGUUGCAUAAGCAAGGUGAAAUAUGCAAGUAGCAUAUGUUAUCUUCAUGUGCUUUUGCUUUUGAAGGAUAUAUCCCACGGUGUUCCUUGCACUGCCCAGUUCUACUAUGGUUUUACUUGGAUAUAUAUUUCUUUUCCCUUCACCAAA